CUAACUAAACAAGUUUUUUUUACUCGGAAUUUCGGAUCCGAUGUCCGCUACAUCCGCUUCUUCGUUUCGUUUAAUACAUUCUUUUUCUAAAUCAUUUUCAUUUUGAAAUAAUCAAAGAUUGAAUUGAAUUCUCAACAUGAAGAAAACUUUCGUUUUUGCAGCUUUAUAAGCUCAUUAGCUCACCCGUCUACUAUUGCAUUGCCCGUCGAUGAAUGGUGUGUAUCACUUUAGGCUGAGGUGCGAACUUGUUGGACCACGGGUGACUGGCGGACUUGACUGAUAACAACGUAGCGUUCGUUCCGCGUAGAAGAUUGGUGUCCAUGCCAGAACUGGAGUAGCCGUUACAACGUUUACAUUUGAUAGCCAACGAAAAAACACGGUUCCGUAUCGCAUUUGCCGGAAAUGAUAACGGCAAUGUCGAGGCCCGCGUAAAAUUAUACCGUAUUCGAGUUUGAUGGUCGGCGAGUGGAACACGUCUCGCGUUUUCUUUGCAGCCGUUGCCGGUGCCGUUGCCUAUAUCGUCCGCAUUUCGCUCGUUUACUUCGAUGUAAAUCGCCCGAGAUUGUUAGCAGCGCUUACCGAUUUACGUAUGUACUUGAAAAGUGAUCAUUUCGAGAGAUGAAUUCGGGAUACCUGUCCGAGUUAUCGUUGGCCAACGAAUGAAGGUACCUACUUCGUCAAAAUGUUGCGUUCCAGAUUGCGGUUAACCUCUUGUAAAAUCAUAUUGGUCACAUCUUUCGUUUGGUUCAUCGUAGAUGUGAUCAUUUUAGCGUUUUAUUUCGAUUCUUUGAGUAAUAUCAGCAAAACAAAGUACGUAGAGAAAACGCUCAAUAAGUCCGAUGUGGCCGGCAAGGCGGAAGCGUUGAAAUCGCAAGAGUUGCGUUUAGUUGGAAUGAAAAAUGAAAACACGGUAGACGUAGGUGGUAUUUCGCUGACGUAUAAGCCGGCCGAUUUGAAUAGAUGGCAGCCGGCCAAACCGGUGUUUCCGCAAUCUGGAAAACCCGGAGAGCAAGGAAACGGCGUACAAAUACCCUCCGAACAAGAUGCCAUUAUGAAAGAGAAAUUCAAGCUUAAUCAAUUCAAUAUAUUGGCCAGCGAUAAAAUUUCGUUGAACAGAUCGCUCGUCGAUGUUCGUCACGCCAGUUGCAAGAAUAAAAAGUACGCCGACAAACUACCUUCCACGAGCAUAGUAAUAGUGUUUCAUAACGAAGCGUGGUCGACGUUACUUCGUACCGUUUGGAGCGUGAUCAAUAGAUCUCCGAGAUCGUUAUUGAAAGAAAUAAUACUAGUGGACGACGCCAGCGAAAGAGAGUAUUUGGGUAGACAACUGGAAGAUUACGUGGCUACUUUGCCAGUUUUGGUAAAAGUUUUGAGAACUGUCAAACGAUCUGGUCUGAUAAGAGCGCGCUUACUAGGUGCCAAACACGUCAAAGGGCAAGUGAUAACAUUUUUAGAUGCGCAUUGCGAGUGCACCGAGGGAUGGCUGGAACCGCUUCUGGCUAGAAUAGUUGAAAACAGGAAAACUGUGGUUUGCCCAAUUAUCGAUGUGAUAUCUGACGAAACUUUCGAGUAUAUUACCGCCUCGGACAUGACUUGGGGAGGCUUUAAUUGGAAAUUAAACUUCAGAUGGUAUAGAGUACCGCAACGAGAAAUGUCGAGAAGAGGAGGCGAUAGAACUGCUCCUUUGAGAACACCUACGAUGGCCGGUGGUCUAUUCUCCAUAGAUAAAGAGUACUUUUACGAAGUUGGCUCCUACGACGAAGGCAUGGAUAUAUGGGGCGGAGAAAAUCUGGAAAUGUCAUUUCGGAUAUGGAUGUGCGGUGGCAGGCUGGAGAUUAUCACCUGCUCUCGAGUUGGCCAUGUUUUUCGUAAAUCUACUCCGUAUUCGUUUCCUGGGGGUACGUCCAGCAUAGUCAAUCGUAAUAACGUUCGCGUAGCCGAAGUAUGGAUGGACGAAUGGAAAUAUUUCUUUUACGCCAUAAAUCCAGGCGCGACGAAUGUCGAAGUGGGUGACGUAUCGCCUCGCAAAGAAUUGAGAAAACGUUUGAGCUGCAAAAGUUUCCGCUGGUACUUGGAAAAUGUUUAUCCGGAAUCGCAAAUGCCGUUGGAUUAUUACUACCUCGGCGAGAUUAAAAAUGCAGAAACGCAGACUUGCUUGGAUACGUUGUCGAGAAAAAGCGGAGAAAAGGUUGGAAUGACUUACUGUCACGGAUUGGGUGGAAAUCAAGUUUUUGCAUACACGAAACGCGCUCAAAUCAUGUCCGAUGAUAACUGCUUGGAUGUCGCAUCACCGGUUGGAUCUGUAAACCUGAUACGAUGUCACGGAAUGGGUGGAAAUCAGGCUUGGGUUUACGACGAAGAGCUUAUGACGAUUAAGCAUAUAAACACCGAACAGUGUUUAGCCAGACCGAAUGCGAAAGAUGCCACUACUCCGCUGUUGAAAGAAUGCGAUGGCAGCUUGGGACAACGAUGGAUUAUGAAGAGUAAAUUUCACUGGCAAGCUAGUUAGCGAUACGCCGUCGCCGCACUUCUCUAAUGCCGAUGCCGAUUGCGACGGCGACGGCGAUGGCGAAUACCGCCGAUAUCGUUCGGUACUUCAGUUCGCGUGUGUUCAUCUUUUGUCAAGCCAACGCCAACGCCAACGCCCCAGUGGCGUGUAAAACGAUAUCCGUUUAUUUCUUCUUUUUACCUUUCUUUUCUUUCUUUUUUUUUCUUUUAUUCUUUUUAAAUUUUAUUUAUUUUACCCAUACGAUGAAGCUGUGAUCAAAGUACAAUUAGUGCCCGUCUAUCUACUUAGCUGCCCAACCUGCCGCAGCGACGCAGCGCAGCGCAGUGCAGCACACCGAAUAAUACUCGUCGUCGUCGUCGUCGUUCUCUGCGGUGUGUUGUUAAUGUACGUGUACCUUACCUACGAGUAUACGCACAUAGUAUGAGGUAUAAAUGUUGUGGGUUUUCAAAAAUGUAUAGUAAAUCUAAAUACCUACCAUUAGUAGCGUAUUUUUUUGGCAGUUAUACUCGUAUACCUUUGUCCUUUACCCUUGUACGAUAUAUUGUAUGUACCUAUUAUGUAUUACGUAUUUCGACGCGAACAUUGUAGCUACAUUAUGUAAUAAACUAAACAUGGCUAAAAACCGUGUACCGUACUCGCUACCACCCGCCAGGCACAGGGCAAAGGGCUUCGGCAUCGGCACAGUUAGCGUGUACACCGUUCGUCAUAACGUGACAUUCUUCGUUUUACCGUUACGGUUAGAAAAACAGCUGGCUGUGCAGUGUGCAUCGUUUGUCACUUUUCACAUUUUUAAAACUUUUUUUUGCUCGAAUCGAGCAUGUAGUGCGACUGUAACACUUACUACAUGUACAGUACAUACCUAUUAUGGUCUACCUACUCGGAUUACCUUUUUUUUAUACUGUUCUGUUAUGUGUUACUCGUAUGUAAGUCUAAGUACCAUAAGUAUGAUAAGUAAUUUCAAAAAGUAGACGACAAUUGCGUUUUCAAACAAUCUGUCUCUUUUCUUGUUUAACGAUUGACGCGGGUGGUACGAGUUGGUACCGGGUACGUAUCGUACACCGUACACCGUACACCGUACACGUCUACGCUACGUACUCUUUUCAGUGUUCACCUUCUAUACUCGUAGAUAAUAAUUACCUACCGAUUACGAAACGUUUUACCUUACUUAAGCCUACUAUUAUUACGUAUUACGAGUAGCCGCAAAUAAGUUCAAUAAUCUGCGUCUUGAUUCCAAGUCAAGUUGUACCUGCAGUUGCAGUUGCAGCUGCGGUCUAUACUUACGUAUAUUUUAAGUUACUACAUAUGUACAUACAUACAUCUACCGUCGCGUCGUCGUUUCGUACGUAAGUACGUGUUAUUUUCUUUUGUAUUUUUGUCUUCUCGCAAUAAAAGACACGAAUGUUUUUUCUUUUUUUCAA